GCUAUUCUACAAAGGAUAUCAGCCAAUCAGAGCUUAGUUCAGAGAAUGACCUAUGACCUCUGCAGGUGCUGGUUUGAUGCCUGCUGCUGAUCUCAGAGGAUCAGCUUCUAUAUUUACCUCAGAUUAACAGACGGGAAGCACGCAGACACACAACAGACAGCAGUCCCACGCAGACAAACAGCGGCUCUACACAGAUACACAGCAGAUCCACACACGAACACACACACACACACACAAACACACACACACUGGGAGGCAGAGAGCAUGUCAGGGACCGGCACUGCACCAGGCAGUGCCCUCUGGAGGAACCACAGCUUCAUUCUGGGAGGAGGCCGAGACCCUCCUCUGUCCGACCAGGGAGAGACCAUCAUCGGAGUGUACCUGCUUCUGCUGGGAUGGAUGUCCUGGUUCGGAAACAGCAUUGUCCUCUUCAUCCUGUACAGACAGAGAGCGUCGCUGCAGCCCACUGACUACCUGACCUUCAACCUGGCCAUCUCUGAUGCCAGUAUCUCAGUAUUUGGCUACUCCAGAGGAAUCAUUGAGAUUUUCAACGUUUUCCAAGACAGCGGCUACCUCAUUUCCUCUAUCUGGACCUGUGAGGUAGACGGCUUCUUCACACUGGUGUUCGGUCUGAGCAGCAUCAACACGCUGACAGUAAUCAGCAUCACACGCUUCAUUAAAGGAUGCCACCCAAGCCAGGCACGUCACAUCAGCAAGAGCAGUGUGUUGGUGUGUUUGUUGCUGAUCUGGAUCGCGGCUGGUUUCUGGUCUGGGGCGCCUCUUUUCGGCUGGGGAAGUUACACAGAUCGGGGAUACGGGACCUGUGAGAUUGAUUGGGCCAAAGCCAACUACUCCAGCGUCUACAGAUCCUACAUAAUCUCCAUCUUCGUCUUCUGCUUCUUCGUGCCUGUCCUCAUCAUGCUCUUCUGCUACGUGUCCAUCAUCAACACGGUAAAGCGAGGAAAUGCUUUGUCAGCAGAGGGCGACCUGACCGACCGCCAGAGGAAAAUUGAAAGGGAUGUCACCAUUGUGUCCAUAGUAAUUUGUACUGCCUUCAUCCUGGCCUGGUCUCCGUACGCCGUGGUCUCCAUGUGGUCAGCUUGUGGCUUCCAUGUGCCGAACCUGACAAGUAUCUUCACUCGCCUGUUCGCAAAGUCUGCCAGCUUCUACAACCCGCUCAUCUAUUUCGGACUGAGCUCCAAGUUCCGUAAAGAUGUGGCGGUGCUGCUGCCAUGCACCCGCGAUGCCAAAGAAACCGUGAAGCUGAAGCGGUUCAAGCCCAAGGCCGACGGCCGACAAGCCAGGCUCAAAGUCCCACUGAACUUCAGUGAGAAGAAGUACUCUCCUGAGUACCAGCCCUACCCGGCCCCGCCCUCAGAAAUGGCGAUAUGCAGCCCAGUCUCCACACCACACCCAAACGUCAACGAGGUGUUCUACAUCGAUGAGCCACCCCGCUUUGAGACCGGCUCGGAGUUUGAAUGUGAGAGACUGUGACAGAAGCAGGCGUUCCGAACACUUCCUCUAGCUCUGGUUUUAGUUUCAGAAUGUAGAAUCUCUGUACAAAAACAUGUGAAUGAACCAAUUCUAUUCAGACCGAAUCUGUAAGAAAGUAUUUUAGGUUUUUUUUGUAUUUCUCUGAUGGCCUGCAAACUUCUACCAAAAAAA